CUCACUGUUCACCUUCUUUUUCAGAUCAUUUAUGAAUAUGUGGAACAGCACAGGUCCCGAUACAGAUCUUUGGGGGAUCUGUAUUUUCACUGCGUUGAACAACUUGAAUGGAAUAUUAAUUUAAAUAUAAUUUCUAAAACAUUUUAGUGAAAAACUACAUAAAAUAUAAUUAAUUCACCUUAAUGUAUCUAAUAUGUUUUAAGGGUUUACUUUUAGGGCUCUGGAAAGGGGAGGGGGUAAACUGGUAUGGCAAGUCUACACUAAAAAUAUAACCACAGUAAGGGAUACUAGAUAUAAAAUGAUUGUCCUCUGACCUGGCACCCGAUACAUGCAUGGGAUUAGCCCAUUUAUGCACAGAGCAUUUAAAUUUUACUUGAUGUCUACUAGUUUGAGGGUUAGGCCUACUUGCCAAAGUAAAAAUUAUUGUUAAAACCUCACACCAGGCUAUGUCCUUUGUAAUUUAACGGAAUAAAACAAUUGUGCAUUGUUUUUAACGGCAACAUUGUCAAUCACCACAGAAAAACGUUCAUUGACUAUAUUUGACUAAUUUUACAGAUAUUUAGCUAGUAUUUUUCAAAGUGUUUGUUUGGUCAAAUAGUGCAAAACAUGUUGAAUGUACCAUUUGAUAAAUAUAUUUGAUGAACACUGUUCAGCCAUCCCUAUUUAUAUUGGUUUUGCUUUUUGUUAUUCUUUCCCUUUCCGGAUUCAUUGCCCAUUGUCUUUUUCUAUAAUAAAUCAUGAGUAUCUAUUCCUGAGCUGGCUUUGUGGUCUGUUUCUUCUCUUCCCAUUAUGUUUUGUAUUCUAGCUCCUGCCCUAGAAAAGCUUUACUCUUUCCCUACUUUCCUCACAAAUCUCUUCAGGCCAGAAUAGAUGAUAAAAUGCUGCCUUCUGGCCUUAAGGUCUGUCCAUCAGUCUCUCCAGUUCACUCCUGCCCACCUCAUGCCUAUCUAUGCACCAUAGGCCUUAGAAGUUAAUUGGAGAUCUAAUAGCCUGAAGAUUAAAUCUACUAGCCAGAGAUUGAUACGAAGGCCAGGUCUGCAUUACAGACUUUUGAACCUCCACUUCUUUAUGCCUCCCUCUAGCCUUCCGGCCACAGUGAUGAAGGGCCAUCUGCCACCCAUUCUGUCCCUCAAGAUUUCUGGUUGCUACAAAGUAUCUCCACUACUCUGCACCUCCUUUGUUUGUGGGCAUCCUCAAUGAGUAGCUCAAGGGCCAACCUUUGCCAACCCUCAAUUUGCCCAAGCAGCAGACUGAAACCGGUUUGAUUCAGCUCACUGCUGCCCAUGCUAUUCCAAAUAGGAGCAGUAAAAACUGACAAGAUGUCAGUUUUCACCCUGCUGCAGUUUGGGAAGGUUCUGAGCUGCAGUAGACAAUGGAAUGGUUUGUCUUUAGAUUCACUAAGACAGCAUCUGUUUAGUCAGUUCACAUUUUGAAGGUUGUCUUCACAAAUUUAAUGCUACUUAAAAUGAGCGUUUAGAUUCUGCAGAAACUGAGGGCAGUUGCCUGGGGCAGCUUCCAACUUGCCUUAAGCACAUGCAAUUCUUAAGUUCUGGUUAUAUGGUCCAAUUACAGGAUAGGUAGGUCCCAUCUAUCAUGUUAUGACUGGUUCCCUGAUGUGCUGGAACUGCAAUGUAGACAGAGGCCCUACUAAAACUGACUCUUCUCCCAUGAGAGAACUACCUUAGUCCGCUCUGGCAACAGAUCGAUAUCUGUUCAGCUCUGAAUCCUGAAAACAAAGCCGUGGUUGGGGAAACACUGACAUCUAGUAGAGUAGAACUGCUGUGUGCACUGAACCUAGACAAAUAGGCAGAAAUUAACUUCCUUACAAGCUCCUGCCUGAAACACUUUGAGAAUUGCUUUCAACUAACUUCAUUUUUAUUUCUUUAUUUCUUUAUUUCAGUAAAAUGUCUGGAGCUGAUGACUUUUCAUUGGCAGAUGCUUUACCGGAUCAUUCCCCUGCUAAAACCUCCAAAGUGAGCAAUACAAAAUCUGGUCAACAAACUGGUCAGCCAACACAAGGCUGGCCAGCUUCCAAUCCUUGGAACACCCCAAGUGCUCCACCUACGGGGCCAUCUGGAUUGCCACCAAAUACAACAGCCUCCAGUGUGCCAUUUGGACCUCCCCCAACAGGAAUGUAUCCUUCAAUGCCACCUGGACCGCCUGCUCCAUUUCCACCUCCUCCUACUGGACCCUCUUGCCCUCCUCCUGGUGGUCCAUAUCCACCCCCAUCUGUGCCAGGUCCUGUCCCACCAGGGCAAUAUCCUCCACCAAAUAUGCCCUUUCCAGAGCUUCCAAGACCAUACGGUGGUCCAACAGAGCCAGCUGCACCUCCUGCUCCUGUUGGGCCAUGGGGAUCCAUGCCUUCUGGAGCAUGGGGGGCAACAAUGGGAGGGCAAUAUCCUGCACCUAGUAUGCCAUAUCCACCCCCUGGGCCAUAUGCCACUCCUACCCAGACACCCGGGGCUGCACCUACAGUACCGUGGGGUACUGUCCCACCUGGAACAUGGGGACCUUCACCACCGGGUCCAUUUCCUCCACCCACGGGAUCAUAUCCAGCUCCAGGACUAUAUCCUACACCCCCUAAUCCUUUUCAAGUGCCAUCUGGUCCUGCUGGUACUCCAUCAAUGCCUGGUGGUCACCAUCCUUACCGUUGAAUUCAUGCUGGGCAACAAAGUACUGUAGCUUUCCACCUUCAUCCACUAUUUACAGAGAUUU